AUGGAGCACGAAGAAAAUUGUCCGUGGAACCAAAGCCGGCCACUAAUCAAUACCUCUAUCCAGCGGCCGUGCGAAUCGCGUAAGUGCGCUGUGUGGAAAGACCUGAAGAGCUGGUUCGGUUAUGUGGGAAGCGGCCUGUCUAAGCUAGCUUUCGAAGAAGUUUUUCGUGAUGUAGCUCAUGGAGGCUCAGGGUUAUAUGAGCGUAUGGCUGUGGAGGGGGGCGAUAUGCUUCGUGAGGCAUCUAGAGCAUUUGCCGCCAAAAAAGCGGAAGACAACCAGAUUUUGAUCUCCGCAGUAAGGUUUAUUUUUCAUGGCGUGCGCCAGAAAAAGGCGCUGGAACUCUUUAAAAAGUUGUUUGUCCAGAAGGAAGUAACAAUCAUGAAUGAGACAAGCCUUUUGAACUAUUUUGCGAAAUCGUACCUUUCAGCGGCACAAUUCCUCAAUUCACCGCGGUCUGUGUCAAAUUACGUUCGGGUCUUGUUAUCGUAUUCUUUGAAUGAGAUAGCGGGACAGGAUUUUCACCGCAAACCUACCGAAUGGCUGCCGACUCUGUUACAACAUAUAUAUCAUUCUCAGACAUUCAGACAUCUGCAAUGCAAUUCUGACAAUUUGCUGUUGAGGGACCUGCACCUCAUUUUCGAUUACAAAUAUGACUACUUUUUGCCGAGGAUUCAGGAAUGCUUCGACAAUCCCGACGCUGCUCAUCACGUUAGUUUCGUCGUAGCAGGCUGUAAGCACGAUGUUCAGUGCACGCAAACAUCUGGAGUCGAAUUGCUGUCAAACUUCGCUUCCAAAUACUUCUGCGAGUUGUACAAGGCUCAUUACGGCCAUGACAACGCUGCACUUUCCGCGGAAUACGCCAAUAAUCAGUCUCGCGAGUUCAUACGCAGCAACGCAAUUGAAGUUUUUGCUUGCGUCUACAUGCGAUUACAUCUUGUAUACAUUGGUGAGGAGGUUGACUACAUGAGGCUUCGAUCAUCACAGGAUUGCCGAACGAUAUUUCUCAAUCUCGUGGGUGCAUGUUGGUCAAUAUCGCAGAAGGAGACGCGUACGGCUUGGAUGGCGAAUCUCUUUCACUCCCUCCGUCAGGUUCAAUUGGCAAUCACGAUGAAUGGACUCGUCCAUACAGCAUCUACCACAGAUGAAAACAUUCUUGCAUCGGGAGAUGCAGUACUUGAAAACGCAGCUUCGCAUCCUUUGGAUUUCUCCGCCAUGUUUUGCAAUACGAAACCGGUGCAGGAGGGCGUGAGACCCACGGGUUGCUUCCUUGAUAGGGUAGUGGAGAAAACGAUGGAUUUGUUUUCUCGCCCUGACAAAACUUGCGUGGAGCCGGAUGUUAGACAAGACAACACAUUGCCCAUACGCGUACAGUAUGACCAAGAUAGCGGAGAUGCAAGCGUACAUAUUCCCCUUGGUAAAUUGGGCGACAUGGAACCGGUAAACUACCGGACAGUGCUCAAGAGAAAGGGUGAGAGGGUCAUGGAAAUCGCGGUCUCCAACAAGGGCACUCUGCCACUUUUAGACAUACAGUUUUAA